AUGGCCUCAAGAUUGACGAACUUUGAGGUGCCGCGCUCCAUCCAGGACACCCCUGGAGCAUUCCCGCUAGAUUCGUCAGACUUGCAAACGGUGGGCACGUCUGCCCCACAAUCGUUGUCUGCCGCCGUCCGAGCUAGGAAGGAUGAGUUCACUCGCAAGAAAACCAUCAAGGUCAAGGUCGGCAGCUGGAAUGUCGCUUCUCUUAGCGGAACCGAUAAGGAUCUGGGUUUAUGGUUUGUGAAGGGCUUCGGUGUCAAGGGCUUAUCGGAUGCUAUGGCCAAGCUACAGCCGGAGAGUAGCACAAGCUUGCCCGAGGAUGAGAAUCUAGAGUCAGUGGAAGACCAAGAAGGGAGGCGCGACAAGAAGAAGCCUACCGUUCCGAAAGCCGAUAGUCCUGCUGUGCCCCAUGAUGAGGAGAUCGGACUGUAUGUGCUCGGCUUACAAGAAGUCGUCGAUAUCGCUUCUGUGACGGAGGCCAUGAGACCAUACACGGAUCCAAAUCCCGCCAAGAAAUGGAAAGAGGCGCUCAGGUCCUGCCUUCCGCGCGGGUAUGAGAAGGUAGCGACUCACCAACUCCUCGGUCUACUCAUCCUUGUGUUUGCUUCGCUGGAAAUUGCACCGACUAUCUCGAAUGUCAGCUCUACAAGUGUUGGGACAGGACUGAUGGGAUAUCUUGGCAAUAAAGGAGCGGUCUGCACCAGAAUUGUCCUAGGGGAGUCGACCAAGAUGACCUUCAUCAAUUGCCACCUGGCUGCUGGUGCGGAUGAUGCUUCUCUGCAGAGACGGAUUUGGGAUACUAAUCAGAUCCUUCAUCGUACGCGUUUCGCGCCCGUGUCAUUUGAUGGCGAAGACUCUGGCCCGGAAGAGAAAAUUGGCGAUGAGGACUUCGCUUUCUGGUUUGGGGAUCUGAACUACAGGCUAGACGACAUUCCAGGAGAAGAUGUUCGCCGACUUCUUCUGCUUCAUACCCGGAACGAGUAUGACGUCCUUAACAAGUCCAGAGCAAAGAUUGAUAGUGAACUUGGGUACAUCUCCAGUACAAGCGACGUCGAUUUGUCAAAUGGACCAGAGCCCGUGGAACGAUAUGAGUUCAGUGCGCCCGAACGAGCAGCCACAGACAGUGAGGUCGAGCCACCAGUUGACCCUGAAGCAGAUCCUGCAUCACUGAUCACCACUAUAAAGUCACUCCUGGCGCACGAUCAGCUACAUGCUCAACAGCGUCAGAAGAAGGCCUUCCACGAAGGAUGGCGAGAAAAUGAGAUUCGUUUCCUGCCAACGUACAAGUACGACGUCGGUAGCGUAGGAAUGUUCGACUCUGGCGAGAAGAAGCGUUCGCCGAGCUGGUGCGAUCGGAUUCUGUAUCGAACACGCACAGAUCGACUGAUGUAUGAAGAGCGUGCCACUAAGGAGGCAGAAGUCCGGAAGAAAGAUGAGGACAUGCAGAAGCGUGGCCUGGAUAAGGCAGACGAGCAAGACGUCUUCUUCGACUACGACCCUGAUACGGAUGGUGCAGCUUAUGGUGAUGACUACGACGAAGACCAGGAUUCGAUGAACGACGCAGAACUCGUCGAGACACACGAUGGCCACGAGGACGACAUCCUUGCAGAACAUUACAUUUCACACCAGCGUGUCCUCUCUUCAGAUCACAAACCCAUCGAGUGCACGUUUACAGUCACAUAUGACGCGAUCGUCCCAGACUUGAAGGCAAAGAUACAUGCAGAGGUCGCUCGCGAGCUCGAUAAAGCCGAGAACGAAGCUCGACCCACUAUCACUGUUGUGACAGAAAAUCACACUGAUGUGCGCUCGGACGCCGGUGACGAGGCGAGUACCGACAACAUCACGCCAUCGACCUCUUCAGACGUUAAUUCGAUCAACUUCGGCCAACUUCGCUACGACGUUCCCAAGACACGAAGUAUAACAAUUGCCAAUACAGGCCAGCUUCCUGCGAAGUUCAAUUUCGUGGGUCGGGACGCUGAUUCUGCAACCGGAGCUAUCGCUCCAACCUGGCUAACCAUAUCGUCUCUCGACCCUGACUCGCCGGAGCAUGCUGAAUAUGCUGCGCCGAACACGGACUACAAUUUAUCGCCGGGUGAUACGCACACUCUGCAUCUCACCGCACACGUUGGACCCACGCAACCAGAGCUUGUGGCUCAACUCAAUGCGGCAACAAAUCCACUCGAUGAUGUUCUGAUACUCAGGGUGGCCUCCGGACGCGAUCAUUUCCUGCCUCUUCGAGCGAUAUGGCUACCGACUUGCUUCCACCGCAGUCUUGACGAGCUGGUUGUAGCACCUGCGACUGGUAUCAGGUUCAUGCCGCGGCACCGCAACAAUCAUGAUGCUACUGGUACUGACCGGAUCAAGAGCUCGCCUGGUGGACAAAGUCGCAAUUCCGCGCCAAGGGAACUGUUUGCUCUUACAGAAGCCGUUCAGCUGUUGACAGAGCGUGCCGUGGCGGACUGGGAGAUGGUGCAUCCUGACAAGAAGCCGCCGUGGUUUCACGAGAAGAACGCAGCAGAUGAUGGUGCCGCCAAUGGGUGGCCGUUUGCGAAGGGUACUUGGAUGUGCAAUCCUGGGCAAGAUCGAGAUGAGAUGAAGGCUAACGUUCGAGAGGCGCUUGACACGGCCAAAGAUGUCCAGGAGUGCUUCGAGCCUAAUGUUGAAACAGCUGCGCGUUUGGAGGUCUUGGCGGAGACCCUGGUCGAGUUCCUCAUCAGCGUCCGUGGCGGCAUCGUCACGCCAGACAUGUGGAAUCAGAUCCAGUCACAGCUAGCUGAGCUCGGAAAAGAAAAGCAGAGCAACAAGCAGGGCGCUGUCACGAGCGAGGAGACAUUGAGCAUGGUGACAGAAGUGUUGGGAGCACGUCCCGCGCACAGUGUCAGCCUGACAUUCCUUACAUUCAUGCUUGGUCGACUAAUGAGCGAGAUUGCUCCUUUGACUAAGCAUAAGGAACAGCAACCAGAUGACAAUCAAGCUUCAGGACGUGGAGAUAACGAGUCCGUACGCAGAAGCGAAAGCAGCACCACCAGCAGCACACACGACGACAACAGCAUCACGACCAGCAACUCAAAUGAUGACAUGACUUCCUCCUCUGCGAAGUCUAGAGCCUCCACAUUCCUGCACAAACUCACCAGCCGUCGACGAGGCACUUCGGUGUCCUCAUCCAAUGCUACUGCAAGUGCGAUGAACGGCGCAGAUACACAGCAGAAGGAACAGGAAGCAGCGGCAAUCCAGCGCAGGAAAGCCGUAAUGACAGAGUACGCUGUCAUCUUUGCGCCAUUGAUUUUGCGGCACGAGAGCGUUGUGAGCGACAAUCUGAAGGUUGGUGAUACUUCCUCUGCCAAGAAGCCCGCAGCGACUUCGGACAAGCAGCGGAAGAACGCCGAGAAAAUGACGGUGAAGGUCAUGCUUGGGAUACUGGAAGCUAGUGUCUUCAAUGUGUAG